CAUUGGCAAUUUGUUUUGUGUCAAAUUGACGAAGUUCGUGCAACUUCGAUUAAUUCCUUUUAUAUAAAAUUUAAUAUAGUACACUAUUACGAAGUAAUAAAUGAAAGUGGAGCAUUUAACCAUAAAGAGUUGUGUUAAUCAACGAUGAACAAUAGGCAUUUUUGAAAAAAUUACUGGAUAUGUUUUCUGUGUCGAGUUGAAUCAUCGGGGUUGGGCAGCCACUAACCCAACUGCUCCGUCUACGAGUAUUUGUGUGGAUAUGAAUGAUAUUGUAUGUACCUAGGAUUUAAAGCUGACAAGAAUUUCCACAGAGUUUGUGUUUUGUGUCUGUAUGACAGCAAAAAAGUAAAAUUAAUUUUUUAUACCAAAAGUAUAGUGCUGAGGUUAGCAAAUGUGCAUUCCUUCGUGAUUAUGGUCCAAGUGGUUUUUGACGAAUUAUCGCUAUUUAGUGAAUAAAAGGAAAGAAAAAAAUUUCUCGACAGGACUACAUCCUGUAUUUUUAAGGGUGGGAUACGACAAUACUGCAAAAAGGUACAAAGUAAAAUAAAAGCAAAAAAUACAUAUAUUGCAGAAAUGUCUGCGAAUUUGAUGGAAAAUUUAGCAGCACUUCCUGCUGAUGUACGAGAAAAGUUGGCGGAGUUGGAUUUGGAAUUAUCUGAAGGCGACAUAACACAGAAGGGAUACGAAAAGAAGAGAGCAAAAUUGCUACAACCAUUUUUAAUACCGACCACCGAAGGCAAUGACUCAAAAUUGGACAAGUGCGAUAAAGCCAUUCCUCCUUAUUAUAAUAUUAAAACGCCACAACAACCGCAAAACCCAAAGACUGUGAAAGACGGAGCCUUAGUAUCGAGUGAGGGAUACAGUUACGUAACUGAAGUCCCAUCACUGCCAUCAUCUCAUCAAAGACAUUCCAAUGCAUCAAAAAAAUCAGAUCAUUCAGUGAGUGGUGGUGGUAGUGGUGGCGGUGGAGGUGGUGGUGGUGGCAGUGGAAGUGGUGGACAUAUAGAAAGAUCCGAGUCAAGUCAUCAACAUAGCAGACAACGACGUACACAACGGAAAAUUACACAUAAUGAAAAACGUUAUCAUUCCGAAGUGCGACAAGAAGCUGUACAACAAGCGCUUGCAGCACUGAAAACUCGUCCGAAGCCCAGUUUACCAAUGCCAUCGAAGAGAAGUUCUGUGCUCAAUCGAAGUCCGGAUCGCAAUAAUGAUGAUAUUGAUUCGUCGACAGAUGAAGAAUCCAUUCCUGAGGAAACAAUUUCUCCCGACAAGGAGUAUAAUUAUCCACGUGAUCAUGUUAGUAAUAUUAUGGAACCAAUUAUAAAACCACCCAUACGUGAUUCAUCAAUGGGUGGUGCGCAAAUCAAACAUAAAUAUCCGGAAAGGCGACCACCACAAAAUUUGCCCCCACUGCCAACUUCGGAUACAUCCAGCACAGAAUCGCCUCCAACGGCAUAUAUGAAAGAGAAUACUGAUUUCACUGACAGCAAAGACAAGCACAAACCAUAUGCUGCACCUGAUAUCACGCAAUUUAAUAAUACUCGUCACGCUGCCGAUCGUGUGACGCGCUAUGUAAAUGUCUCACAAACCGAUCUAGGUGAAUCUGAUACGAAUGGACGUUGGAAAGUUUCAGCUAAAAUUCAACAAUUGUUGAAUACACUUAAACGCCCCAAACGUCGGCCAUUGCCUGAAUUUUAUGAAGACAACGAUAUUGAACUCGAAAUUGCAGCAAAUCCCAAAGACCCAAAUGCACCAAAACCAGAGGGUAGUAUUAUGACUGCAGUGCAAGGCGAACAAUUGGCAGUGCCAGCGGGCUUGCCACGUUCAUUGGAGGCAGCACUGCAACGUUAUGGCGCUAAUUCUUUUAAAUCGCCAAUGGCGACAGUACUCGAUCCGAAUGGCAAAAUCACAACAACAAUAACUUACGGCAAAUGUUUGUCGCGCGCACAAAAAAUCGCCUAUGCACUCUCAACGAAAAUCUUUAGCAAGGGUCCAGAGCAAAUUACACUCAAACCAGGCGAUCGUGUUGCAUUGGUUUACCCCAACAACGACCCUUUGAGUUUCAUUACUGCUUGGUAUGGUUGCAUGUUUCGUGGUCUCGUACCGCUGCCAAUUGAGUUGCCCCUCUCUAGCUCUGACACACCGCCACAACAGGUCGGCUUUCUCCUCAGCUCAUGUGGCAUCACAGUUGCUUUAACCUCUGAAGCAUGCCUAAAAGGUUUGCCAAAAUCUGCCACUGGCGAAAUUGCUAAAUUGAAGGGCUGGCCACGCCUGCAAUGGUUUGUAACUGAACAUCUGCCAAAGCCGCCGAAAGAUUUCAAUGUUGGCAAUAUACGUAUCGAGGACACGGCUACGGCAUACAUAGAGUAUACAACCGAUAAAGAGGGCAGUGUAAUGGGCGUUACCGUCACUCGUUUGGCCAUGAUGAAUCACUGUCGCGCCCUCACCAUGGCUUGUCACUACACCGAAGGUGAAACAAUUGUUUGUGUGUUGGAUUUUAAGCGUGAAGUUGGCUUAUGGCACGCUGUACUCACAUCAGUAUUGAAUGGAAUGCAUGUAUUAUUCAUACCCUACGCAUUGAUGAAGUUACGUCCAUCGUCGUGGAUGCAACUUAUCACCAAACAUCGCGCCUCCUGUUGUCUAGUGAAGAGUCGUGACUUACAUUGGGGUCUAUUGGCUACAAAAGAUCACAAAGACAUCUCAUUGUCAUCGUUGCGUAUGUUACUCGUCGCCGAUGGUGCUAAUCCUUGGUCACUAUCGUCGUGCGACCAAUUCUUAAGUGUUUUCCAAUCGAAGGGUUUGCGUUCGGACGCUAUAUGUCCAUGUGCCAGCAGUUCAGAAGUUUUUACAGUGUCGCUGCGUCGUCCGGGUCGCUCUUCCACAGGCUUCAGUCAAUCGGCCACUGGACGUGGGGUGCUGUCGAUGGCCGCCCUGUCACAUGGUGUAGUGCGUGUGGAUAGUGAAGAUUCGCUGACAUCGUUAACGCUGCAGGAUUGCGGUCAAGUUAUGCCAGCCGCACAAAUGGUCGUGGUGCGCUCAGAGGGUUUGCCGGUUUUGUGUAAAACCGAUCAAGUUGGUGAAAUUUGUGUGACUAGCGGUUCGACGGGUGCCACAUACUUCGGCUUAGAUGGGCUCACCAAUGCGACAUUUAAGGUGCAACCAUUACUGGAGGAUCCCGAUACUACAAAAGAUGAAUCCACAUUCAAACCAAUCAGUGAUGAGUAUUAUGUGCGUUCGGGUCUAUUAGGUUUUUUGGGUCCCGGUGGUUUGGUGUUCGUUUGCGGUUCCCGCGAUGGUCUAAUGACUGUAACUGGGCGAAAACAUAAUGCGGACGAUAUAAUUGCAACAGUGCUUGCUGUGGAACCGAUGCGUUUCAUAUAUCGCGGGCGCAUAGCCGUUUUCAGUAUUAAAGUAUUACGUGAUGAACGUGUUUGUGUAAUAGCCGAACAGCGACCGGACUGCUCCGAAGAGGAGAGUUUCCAAUGGAUGUCACGUGUGUUGCAAGCCGUUGAUUCAAUACAUCAGGUGGGCAUUUAUUGUUUGGCGCUUGUGCCUCCGAAUCAUUUGCCGAAAACACCAUUGGGUGGCAUACAUCUGUGUGAGGCGCGACGCCGCUUCUUAGAGGGUUCACUGCAUCCAGCCAAUGUGUUAAUGUGUCCACACACGUGCGUAACUAAUCUGCCAAAGCCGCGGGAAAUUCAUCAAGGUGUGCAAACUGCAACUGCAAAAAUAAGCUCAUCUGGAUGUGGUAUUACAGACACGUCUGUUGGACCAGCCUCAGUGAUGGUUGGAAAUUUAGUGCAGGGCAACCGUUUAGCCAUCGCACAAGGUCGGGACAUUGGCUUAUCGGAGGAGAAUGAACGAAAGCAUCAAUUAAUAACUGGUGUGCUACGCUGGCGUGCAAAUACCUCACCGGACCAUAUCAUUUUUACGCUAUUGAAUUCGAAAGGUGCUAUCGCAAAGACUUUGACAUGCUCAGAAUUGCACAAACGAGCUGAGAAAAUAGCAGCACUUUUACAGGAACGAGGACGUAUUGAACCGGGUGAUCAUGUUGCUUUAAUAUUUCCACCCGGUUUGGAUUUAUUAUGCGCGUUCUAUGGGUGUCUUUAUUUGGCUGCUAUUCCAAUUACCAUACGACCACCACAUCCACAAAAUCUCAUUACGACUCUGCCAACUGUGCGCAUGAUUGUUGAUGUCUCUAAAAGUGUUAUUGUGCUCUCUAUACAACCGAUAAUAAAAUUAUUGAAAUCACGCGAAGCGGCUGCUUCCAUCGAUCCGAAAACUUGGCCACCCAUAUUGGAUAUUGAUGACAAUCCUAAGCGCAAAUUAAUGGCUAUUGCAAAUGCACCGUUGGACUCAACUGCAUAUUUGGACUUUAGUGUAUCCACUUGUGGUCGCUUAAGUGGUGUGAAUAUUACGCAUCGCUCCCUUUCUAGUCUCUGCGCAAGCUUAAAAUUAGCUUGCGAAUUAUAUCCUUCUCGUCACGUUGCUCUCUGUCUAGAUCCGUAUUGUGGUCUCGGUUUCGCCAUGUGGACCUUAAUUGGUGUCUACAGCGGUCAUCAUUCGAUUCUCAUAGCCCCUUACGAAGUCGAGACAAAUCCCAGCUUAUGGUUAUCAACAUUGUCGCAUUAUCGGGUGCGUGACACCUUCUGUUCGUAUGGCGUCAUCGAGCUAUGCACGAAGGCACUUAGUAAUUCAAUACCGAUGCUCAAGCAACGUAACGUUGAUUUACGCUGUGUGCGCACAUGUGUGGUUGUAGCUGAAGAGCGUCCGCGCGUUCAACUCACGCAACAAUUUUGUAAGCUCUUCCAAGCGCUCGGCUUGAAUACGCGUUGCGUAUCCACCUCAUUCGGUUGUCGUGUCAAUCCGGCUAUUUGUGUGCAAGGUGCCAGCUCGGCGGAGAGUGCACAGGUGUAUGUGGAUCUGCGCGCGUUGCGAAAUAAUCGUGUGGCGCUUGUGGAACGCGGUGCUCCGAAUUCGCUGUGUCUGAUAGAAUCGGGAAAACUUUUGCCAGGUGUAAAGGUAAUCAUUGCCAAUCCGGAGACGAAAGGGCACUGUGGCGAUUCGCAUUUGGGUGAAAUAUGGGUUCAAUCACCGCACAACGCUAAUGGCUAUUUCACCAUUUAUGGCGAUGAAACUGACUAUAAUGACCAUUUCAACGCCAAGCUAGUAACUGGCGCGACAACAGAAGUCUAUGCACGCACUGGCUAUUUAGGCUUUUUACGACGCACUGAAUGUUCGCAAGCGGUUUCCAUUUUGGACGAAACCACACCCAGUGUGGCUAGUCGUGACAGUGACAAUGAGUCACUUAACUCAAUGAGUCAGUUGCAUUUGAAUUUCUCAUCUAUGUCAACAGGACCGCAGGCGCCCAGCGUUAGCGGUGAUCCAUGCUCGCUGGCCAAUGUCAAUGAUCAGGAAUUGCACGAUGCUGUCUACGUAGUAGGUGCUUUGGAUGAGGUAAUUACACUGCGUGGCAUGAAUUACCAUCCGAUCGAUAUAGAAAAUUCGGUGCUAAGGUGUCAUAAGAAAAUCGCUGAAUGCGCCGUUUUCACAUGGACUAAUUUAUUGGUUGUUGUGGUUGAGCUUGAUGGCAACGAAUCUGAAGCAUUGGACUUGGUACCAUUAGUAACUAAUACAGUUUUGGAAGAACAUCAGUUAAUUGUUGGCGUUGUUGUUGUUGUCGAUCCAGGCGUUGUACCCAUCAAUAGUCGUGGCGAAAAACAACGAAUGCAUUUGCGUGAUGGAUUUUUGGCUGAUCAGCUUGAUCCCAUUUACGUCGCAUACAAUAUGUAAAUACAUAUAUACAAUAGUUACAUAAAACAUAUAUACAUUCUUACAUACAUACAUACAUACAUACGAUACGUACAUACAUACAUACUAUACAUACAUAAAUAUAUAUGACGAUACAUGAAAAUGAAAAUUAUUUAUUAUACACUAUUAAUUUAAGCUUACCA